AUGGCUCAACGACAAACUUUUUCGCAGAAAUACCACUGUCUGCAGUCCAAGCAGCAGGUUUCUUCUUCAAGUUCAAUCCGAAACUUGAACCUUUUUCUCGAUGGCAAGGGGAUUCUACGGGCCUGUGGGCGUCUGAGGGCGUCCCACUCGCUGCGUUAUGAUGAGAGUCAUCCAAUCAUACUCUCGUACUCCUCGUCCUUUGCACGACUAUUGGUUCGUUUCACCCAUAGUAUAUCCUUACAUGGGGGUAACCAAGUCGUCAUGCGGCUGAUCCGUUCCAGAUUCUGGAUUUCAAAACUGAAGGUCCUCGUGAAAUCCACCAUCAACUCUUGCAAGGUUUGCGUGAUCUAUAAGAAGAGAUUGCAGACCCAACUGAUGGGGGACUUGCCCAAGGAAAGGGCGUCCUACUCGAGACCAUUCACGCACACUGGAGUUGACUUCGCCGGUCCAUUCGAACACGAAGGCGAUCCACUUGGAGGCGACAUCGGAUCUCACGACGGAGAAAUGGCCGCAUUCUGCCGUUUCAUCGCACAGCGCGGUUGUCCACACCAAAUGCACUCGGACAACGGGAAAACAUUCGUUGGAGCUGACAAGGUGAUCUCCACCGACUUUUUGGAAGCGACGAGGGAGUGCAUCAUCGCACAACAUGGUCACAAAAGCCUAUCCUGGCACUUCAACCCGCCGGGCGCCCCACAUAUGGGUGGAUUAUGGGAAGCCGGCGUAAAGAGUUUUAAGGCACUCUUUUACAAGGCGACCUCCACCACAAGGUAUACGUUUGAAGGGCUAAGAUCGAAGCCUGCCUGA